AUGUCGGACAAAGCACCAAGUGGCGGCAGCCACCUGACGAGCGACAUUGACUUCAUUAAGACGCCCAAGGCCGCACCCGGGUCUCACGACACCGGAGAGGAUUGUGGCGUGAAAACCACCAAUUCUCCAGCUAUCCACAACCCUCCGCUUCCAGCAGACGGCGCCGGAAAUGAGCAAUUCAACAACAUCAUCUUCGCCAGUGUGCUCCUUGGAGUGCCCACAUACCUGGCAUGGAAGGUUGGUGGUGGGCUGAAGACGACCAUCUUCUUCGCCCUCAUCACCUUUGUUCCCUUGCUUCUGGCAUUCUGGACGGUCAUGUCCACCUACAGCCCGCGGAUUAACGAGAAGGUUAAGCUUCCAGGGCGUCCAGUGGAGCACUACCUCACCUUCAAGAAGGAGGCCGACCGUGCCCGGUACAGCGGCAGCAGCAAGGUACCCAUGCAGACUUUCUUUGAGUUAUACUUCAGCGGCGACGUUAACUUCAACGGUGACUGCCUCGACGUCAUGGAGUACCGCCACGACUGGGCAACGUUCAACUUCACCUGGGACCUGUUCCGCUACAUCCUCUUCACCUUCGCGCCGGAUGUGAUUCUGCACAACCGCUCCCAGGACGACGAGCAGGUGCGCCCCAACUAUGACCGCGGUAACGACCACUACGCCUGGUUCCUGGGACCACGCAUGAUCUACACCUCCGGUGUCAUCUCGGACACAACCCGUGAGGAGACCCUCGAGGAGAUGCAGGAUAACAAGAUGGCCAUUGUGUGCGAGAAGAUCGGCCUCAAGGAGGGCGAGACCAUGCUCGACAUUGGCUGCGGCUGGGGGACUCUCGCCAGGUUCGCGAGUGUUAACUACGGCGCAAAGGUCACUGGUGUCACUAUCGCUCGCAACCAGACUGAGUGGGGUAACGACGCGCUCAAGCAGGCUGGUGUCCCUGAGGAGCAGAGCCGUAUCCUUUGCAGCGACUACCGCGACAUUGUUAGCCAAAAGUUUGACAAGAUCACCCAGCUUGAGAUGGCUGAGCACGUUGGUGUUCGUCGUCUCACCACCUUCUUCCGCCAAUGCUACGGUAUGCUUGAGGAUGAUGGAUCUAUGUACGUCCAGCUCUCUGGCCUGAGAAAGUCGUGGCAGUACGAGGACUUUAUCUGGGGCUUGUUCCUGAACAAGUACAUUUUCCCCGGUGCGGAUGCCUCGACUCCACUCAGCUUCUACAUUGGCUGCCUUGAGAGCGCUGGUUUCGAAGUCAAGAGCGUUGAUACCGUUGGUGUCCACUACUCGGGUACCCUCUGGAGGUGGUACAGAAACUGGCUCGGAAACGCCGAGAAGGUCAAGGCUACCUACGGCGAGAAGUGGUUCAGAAUCUGGGAGUUAUUCCUGGCAUACUCGACCAUUGCUUCGCGCCAAGGUUCAGCCACUUGCUUCCAGAUGGUUGUUGUUAAGAACCUCAACUCAAGCCACCGCAUUGACGGCGUCCACUCCCAGGACGGCCUCAGCGGCGCCCUUGCCAGAAGCAAGGCAGCUGGCAAGGCUACCCUGGCGAAGUAG